AUGGAUUUGGCCGUCAACAAGGAGAAUAUCGCGCCGACGACAUCAAGCGAUCCACUCACUCGGAAAGGAGUGUCAAUGUCGCCCUCACCGAAGAAGACGAGUCGAAGGGGCAGAAGUAAGAGCAUCGGGCCUGGACUACUGGAUGAGCCCGAAGAACCCAAACGCGAGUCCAAGGACAGGCGCAAGUCUGCCUUUAUACCCACCACGGCGACGAAAUCGAUCCUGUCCAAAGAUGAGGCGGCCGCCAAAGCCGCGCGUCGCAAGUCGAUGAUGAACCGGCGCGUAUCGUUUGCGCCGGAAGCAACGCUGCACACUUGGGACAUUAUCGAGCAGGCGCAUGACCAGACCACAUCCACCGAUUCGGCAGAGAGCACGCGACGGGGUUCCGCUUUUCGUGGGGCCUCUUCCUCCCCCGGCCAGAGCUCGGAUGGGGAGGAGUUUGCGUCUUCGGCGCAGGAUGUCGCGGAUGCAGAGUUGCUAUCUUCACCGGUGGCGCAGGAUCGUGCGUCGAAGAAGAAGGCACGGCGGAGCUCGGGAAUCCCACCCAUGAACUUCAACAACCCAGACGACUUUUCCUCCAGUGGCGCGAGCGGUAGCGAAGAUUCUGGAGAAGAGGUGGAGGAAGAGGAAGAUGUCUUAUCUGGUGAUGAAACUGGAACAGCCAUGAGCCUGGACAUGGACGACAAUACGAUGCAGUCGGGCAGUGACGGUAGUACCUCGUCAAGCACACGCAUUGAAUUGGCUUUGCAGCAAGCCGCCAAAACUGCAGGAACUAGAGGCAUUGCGUAUGAUGAGUUUGGUGACAUGUCCAUGGAAAUCGCUGGAGAGGAAAUCACAAACGCCUUUCAACCGUGGGUGCAACAACAUGCAAUGGAGCCACUUGGGUCCGCGGCCAUGGAUCAAGAAAACAUCAAUCCCUUUUCGCCAGCUUUCAAGGCCGAUAUAGCAUCUCGGCCAGCGACCAUUGACGAGGUGGAUGAGGAGGAUGAAGAAGUUGAGGAAGACAUGAGCAUGGAUGUGACUCGCGCUGUCGGUGGAAUUCUAAGAGCCCAACCUGUCGCGCCAAUGAGCUCUCCAACCGGCGAUGGGACCAUGGAUCUCACACAAGCAGUCGGCAAGAUCACAGGACAGAAGCGACGCAGAUCUACCACCGAAUCUGGCUCGCCUGGAGAAGCCAUCUCCAUAGCACAAUCAAAGAGGAGAAGGUCUUCCGUAGCGAGAUCGUCCAUGGGAGAUGACACUAUGGAUUUGACCAUGGCAGUUGGAGGAAUCCACAGUGUGGCGUCACCAGCGAAGUCAGAGCGAAGAAGAAGCAUGCGAAAUCGCAGAUCAUCUGGAGCAGUAUCCGAUGGUACGAUGGACUUUACGCAAGCCGUUGGUGGCAUUCAUGCAGCAGGGCCGCGCGAGGACGAUAGUUUGGUUGGCAAUGAGGAACUGUCCAUGGAGCUGACUACAGUACUUGGAGGUAUUCGAACUGGUCAGGAGCCGAUCCAUGUCGAGUCGAGACCUCGCACACCUCAGCAGGCCCAGUCUCCAAUCCGCGCGGCAGCAAACACAACACCCAAAGAACAGGAGAGAUUCAAAGAGACGCCCGAUUUGAGUGCCAAACAACUCCUGACGCCUGUAUUUCAAGCACAAUCAGAGAUGACUUUGGAUCGCCAAGCCUUUGUGAGCAAACCACUAUUGGGACGGACGCCGAAAGCAUCCGUGGGCACUACUGGAUCACCUGCUCGAUCGCCUGCUCGAGACGAUGUAGCCAGUUUUGCUGAGAUGCAGAAUCAAUCCACCCCUAAUCUUGGGUCGUCUCCAGCCAAGACCAUCUCUUAUCCGCAACUUCCACCCUCCGCGCAAAAGGUUUCACCCGUGAGAACACCAUUGAUGAGUCCGCAGAGGCAACACGUCCAGAGAACCCCAACAAGUGGGUUGCGAAUGCCGCGGGCUCUUGAAGGACACAUCCUCGAGGCUUCGCCUACUGCAGAGAAGCAAAUGCGAAGUUCUCCUGCAAAGGCUACUGCAACACCGGAAAAGCGUAGCUCAAACAGUGAUGGUCAGAAUCUGACAAACACCAUAAAGUUAAUGUCGACACCACGGAAAGAGACUCUGAAGAAUGUCACACCCAAAAAGCACACCCCGGCAAAGYAGACAUCUCCUGUGAAGGCGAUCACGCCUAGAGGCCGUCCAACACCGAGAGGCCGCCAAAAUGUCAACGCUUCUCCUGCAAGGCGGCUGAAAGAAGACCUCGAAAGCAUGCAAGCAAAUGGAAAUAGCCUGGAAAAGGUCGGCCUGCAAGAUUUCUUGACUCAAGCUGGCAUUCGUUUCAUGGACCUCACAACCACCAAGCGUAGAAUGACGACUGCGCCGACUCCAUCCAAGGUCAAGAGUGACUCUCAGAUCCAUGACGAGCCCGAGGAGGCAAGUCUGGAGAAUAUGGUUGUCGCUGCAGCACGUACUGUCCCUGAACUAGAACUGUACCAGCAUGCUUGCCACGAACUCAAGCGUUAUACCAAGGAGGGCAAGCAGAUGAUUUCGGAGCUUGAGGCUGCAACCUUACAAGAACAACCACCUAUGAUCAGAGCAUAUGUGCAUGCUGCGCCUGGUAGGAAAGCUGAGCUAGAUCUUCAGAUGCGCGAUAUGAAGACAAACGCACGCCUUCAAAGCAAGGAGAUGUGGUAUGCCUGGCGCAGUCAGCUCCUUGAUGAGCUGAUGGUCGGUUUGCAGAAUAUCGCAGAAGGACUCAUUAAGGAUGACGAGACUCUGGCGCGGACUGAAGUGAUGAUUGAUGAGGUACUUCCUAAACUCGUCGAGCAGCAUGAUGGCUUACAACAAGAGGCCGAGAGGCUGGAAGAGAGUGUGAAUGCCGUUUCGGAGGAGGAAAGAGAGGAGCUCGAGACUGUACGCGAACAGCUCACAAAGACGAAUUUGCAAAUCACAGAGAAGAGGCUUCGGCUUGAGGAAUUACAGCAACAAGUGCAAGAGCAGGAUAAGCUUACGGAGAAGUUGCAUGCAAGUAAUGCGGAGUUCACCGCUGCCACUCAAGAAGCGAAUCGAGUCCGAGAGGCCUGCCGUGGUGUGUCUCUUGGCGAGAUUACAGAGUUGAAAGAUUCCGUCAAGCAGUUGGAAGAUACCUUUGGGUGGUCUAUCAUUUCAGCAACUUCCUCCCCAUCAACGCUCACGAUGACCUAUAAGGGCGACCUCCAGCUUUUCCUCCACCCGCAAGCCUUUGCGCAAGAGGACGAGCUACCGAACGCCCCUAUCCGCCUGACAUACAUCGCGGACACGCAGUCUGUAUACAAGAAGAAGCCGCUGACUACUACUUUACGGUUCUUCCUACAACUCCUCCAAGCGACACUCCAGGGUCUCCCACAAUGCACCACCARGCUUGGCGAUUUAUUAUCACUCGUCAGCAAAGGAUGGGACACCGCCACCGCUCUCGCAGAGUCCGAACGCAGACUCAGCAUCGAGGCAUUAACGGAAGUGAAAAUUCUUGGAGAUGAGAAGCUAGCCAUUGAAGCGAUUGUACUUUUACCAAAAGUCAAGACCAAAGUUCGAGCUGGCUUUGAAGUCACUGCUACCGUUGGUGCAGAUAUGGAAGUCGUGACGUCUGUGGAGCCGAGGGUGGUCGUGGUGUAUGGGGAGCAAUACAAUGAGAAGAAUAUGGCCGAGUUCUUGAAGAGCGUUGUUCUUGGGGGGUUUGAUUCGUGGGAUUCUGCUGUGAGGGGUAUGAGGGAGAAGUUGAUUGCUAGAGGCGUCAAGGGCGCGAGGAAGUGA